AUGGGUGACAGCUAUGGCUGGAUUACUACCUCGUCUCGUUAUGAUGGAGAGUCUCAUGAAGAUCUUCCAUGGGCCGCUUCUGCUUGGGAAGGUUGGAACGGCGAGUGGGUCGCUCGAGAUCUCGAUGUGAGCCUUCGGCCAUGGGAUUCUUGGCGAACGUUGCGGGGUCGCUUGGUAAAAGACUCUGUCGGUCGCUUUAUGUCUGGAUCGACCGAUGGAGAAGACCUGAUGAACAACAUGAAAGGCUUGCACAUGGCAUCAUGGCAUCACCACACUUCGCGAACGUGGGCUGGACGUGUUGGAUGCCUCGGGUUUGGAAUGGGCUGA